GUGUGCUCUGGGCCCUUCUUGGACCGUGCCAACAUGACCCUGCAGUGCACCAAGUCAGCUGGACACUGGAGGAUGGUGGUAUGGGAUGAAGAAGGCUUCCAGGGCCGACGGCAUGAAUUCACAACCGAGUGUCCCAGUGUCCUGGAACUUGGCUUUGAGACCGUGCGAUCUCUCAAAGUCCUGAGCGGAGCGUGGGUAGGCUUUGAGCACGCCGGCUUCCAAGGGCAGCAAUAUGUGCUGGAGAGGGGCGAUUACCCGGGCUGGGAUGCCUGGGGUGGCAACACAGCCUACCCUGCAGAGAGGCUCACCUCCUUCCGGCCUGUGGCCUGCGCUAACCACCGCGACUCAAGGCUGACCAUCUUCGAGCAGGAGAACUUCCUGGGCAGGAAAGGCGAGCUGAACGAUGACUAUCCCUCUCUGCAGGCCAUGGGCUGGGACGGCACAGAAGUGGGCUCCUUCCAUGUUCAAUCUGGGGCGUGGGUUUGUUCCCAGUUUCCUGGCUACCGAGGUUUUCAGUACAUACUGGAGAGCGAUCACCACUCGGGUGACUACAAGCACUUCAGAGAGUGGGGUUCCCAUGCUCACACCUUCCAGGUGCAGAGUGUGCGCAGAAUCCAGCAGUGAGCACGCACUGGCCACCUGGGGUGCCUACGAAACGACUGGGUGACUGGCCGGAGGAUGUGGCUGCUCUUGGUUCUGGCUACCCUUGUGUCCUCUGGGAACCCCACACCCCUGUCAGCCAGCCCAUGCCCCGCCAGCUCAUGGAGCUCAAAGAAAUAAAAUGAAAAACUAAAGACUCAGUA